AUGCUCCAUGACGUGGCUGGAGCACUACGUGCAGUGCGCCCGCAACAAGGACGGUCCCAUUCCCAGGUUCCCGAUGAUCAUAUUUUCGGGCGGCAUGCCCACCGACCUGGUGGCAGAGGCCUUGUUUUUCGGCCUGCAAGUCUUCAGCAUGAAUUUCAUCUCGCACUUUGGCAAGGUUGCCGGUCUGGUUCCGUAUAUUGGCAUCGGUGGCCACCAUAUCUAUACGACCAUGUAUCGCAGCAGCCUCGGCGAGAGCUCGCAGCCUGUCGAGGUGACACUGUCCCUGGGAGCGUUGAUGAUGGCGUCCAACCGUGUCGCCAAGGAGCUCCCUCUCAGCCACACCGACAUUCACUUCAGCUACAGCUCGAAGAAGAAAACAACAGUGUAAGCAUAAACCUUCGGAGGUUCGCGCUCAUUCUUCGGAUCUGCGCCAGACCUCCGCGCCCCCCAUUGGCGCGCCAGGAGGGGGGGUCGGCGCCGAUCCGAGAACCGCUCGCGGCCCUCCGAGAACUUAUGUUUUUUGGCUCGCUUUCUUCCUCUGCCAGCUCCCCCGCGUUCUUCGGGGAGAGAGUGGUGGUGCACGCCGUGUUGGCGGUGGGCGGGGCGGUAGGCUUCUACGGGGGCGUGCGCUCCCCGAAGGUGCUGGAGGACAUCCGGGAGCUCGGGCCGACCUUCAUCGUGGGCACGCCAAGCCUCCUGGGCGCGCAGAUCCAGAACGUGCGAGCCCUGCACGAGAGCUCCUUGACGCGCUUCCGCUUCGGCAUCCAGCGCUGGGCCCUUCAGAACGCCCAGGCGGAGCCCGGGCCCAGGCGCAGGCUGGCGCGGCUGUGCCUCGGGGGCUGCGUGGGCGGCUGGCUGACGGCCCCGUUCCGGGAGGCGCGCGCGGCGCUCCUGGGCCGGCGCAGCCAGCCGCGUUUCGUGCUGGCCCUCUGCUUCCCCGGGUCCGUCGCGAUGCCGCCGGAGGUUUGCUUGUGGCUGCGGGUAGUGUUCGGGUGCCGGGUCCUCAAGUGCCUUGUGCUCGCGGAGGCUGGCGGGCUGGCCACCCUCGGGGAGGCGCCCUACUUCGGAGGGGCGCUCGAGGCAUUCGCCGUGGGGCGGGCUCUGCCCGGUGUCUACAUAGAGUUCGCUGGUCAGGAGAGGGGCGACCUGCUGGAGAACUGCUGCGCCCCUGGGGCGCAGAGGCUGCGCGCCGGCACGAUGCGGGUGCGCGGCAGCUUCGAGAUGAGCCGUGGAGAUCUGAGGCGUCGCUGGAGGUCUGCUGGCAGAUCCAGGGGCAGCCAGUGGGCCCCGACGCCGCUGGAAGCCGGCCCGCCGCCCGACGAGGGCGCGGCCAUGGAGGUCAUGCGCCCACGGGUGGUCGGCCUGUGCUGCGAGGAGACCCAGACGGUCUACGUCCUCGGCCGCACGGGCUCCCUCGAGAUGGCGCCCUCGGGCUGCGUCGUGUGCGACGCGCUGGAGCAGCUCCUGUGCUCCUCGCCCUCCGUGCCGUGGCUGCUGCAGCUGAUGCUGACCGCGCGCGGGGACCGCGGCGUGGUCGGCCUGGGCGUCGUGCAGCUGGAGCACCUGUGGCGCCUCGCCUCCAGGAUCGGAGAAGCACUUGCUCGCGGACGCCAGCGCGGAGCAGCUCUGCCGAAGCCCGGAGGUGCGGGCGUUCUGCCUCGGGGAGCUCCGGGGCCUCGCCAGCCAGCUUGGGGUGCCCGAGGAGGAUCGGGGGAGCAGCCGCGCGCCUUGCACCUGCAGCUGGAGCAGUUCUCCCAGGAGAAGGGCCUCCAGACCUCCGAGCUGCUGCUGCGGCGUGACCGCAUCAAGGAGGCGUGCCGGGAGCCGAUUGAGAGGCUGUUCGACCAGCUCGCGGAGGAGGCGUCCGGCGGAGGGCCUGGGUAG